UGCGACUUAACCUCCCCAUUUCGGCGUGUUUUUACAUCCGCGACCCGACACUCCCUGAUUAAUCAGUUUUUUCGAUUUAUUUAGGGCCGUGUAUUUUAAUUAAUUAAUUUUUGUCUCACUGCCUUGAAAUGACUGAGGUCCGGUUCACGCCGAGGGCCUACUGCAAGAUAAUACUGCAUGCGGCCAAAUACCCGCAUUGUGCCAUCAACGGAAUAAUGCUGGCGGACGCGGACGUGAAGGAGUCGAAAUCCAAGCCCCUCGUUAUAGUUGACGUUGUGCCGCUUUUCCACCUUUGCCUCCAUUUAACGCCUAUGGCAGAGCUCGCCCUCACUCAGGUCGACACCGUGUCAAAAGCCCUUGGCCAGAGAAUGGCAGGUUAUUACACGGCUAACGAAAGCUUGCAUGACAUGAGCUUAGAGAAACCAGCGACAAAAGUUGCCGACAAAAUCAACGACAUAUACCCACCAUCGUAUGUCGCAAUAAUCGAUCAGCGGAAGCUGACGCUCACCGUUGAAGAGCCUGCGCUUGUGCUGCUUAACUGCCCCGAAGGAAAAUGGGAGUAUAUGGACCAAAGCAGUUACGUCGUCGAUGACGAGUGCAGGAGGGUGGCAGCGAGCCUGCUCCACCGACAGGCUGACAAGCAACUCGUUGACUUCGACAACCACCUGGAUGACUUCCACGCCAGCUGGAGGAACCUGGAACUGAAUGAACAAAUCGACGCCCUUGUACAAACCCCUGAUAAGAUCGAAUGAAAUUUUUUUUUUGAUUUUUUUAAAUUCAUUAUUUUAAUAAAAUAUAAAUUAAAACUUUAUUAGUCAUUAAUUUC